GCAAGAAAUUCAAGAUGCUGUCUCGUGGUUUUGAUCAGUCGCGCGUGUGUGUGGACAUUUAGCCAGCAGAGCUACUAUCCAACGAACACCUUGAAUGACUCGAUGAUCAGUGGCCGAAGAAGAGCAGCAUCUGAACUCUGAACUCUGAAACUCUGCUCUGGCAACUUGUUGCUCCAUGAUUAGCAAAAGCUAAAGUGAACAUUUUGGGCAUCCACUUCCCCUGUGGUCCACAGGUCUUAUCAUCCUUGUCCACAUCCCCAUCCGCCACGCGUUGCGCUGCCCACGUCUUUGGGCCCCUCUUUGGCCCUUCAAUUUGUUGGCCUUGUCCGUUGGCGAACAAGCUACCGCCUUCUCAACUUCCCGUCCCCCGUAUUUUGGCGCUCAGCCUUUCUAUCUCCAGCGCUCUUGAUAUCAACGUUGCCUCCAGCGAUUGACCUCGUCAUUUUAGGCAAUUCGGUUCGGAGCACCGGUGGCAGGCACCCAUCGUCAUCAGCCCGGCGGGCGCCCCUUCGCUUGUUGAGCGUUCGAGGGUUCAUCGCAAAGCCCCAACUUGAUACUUGCUCAGUGCGCCUGAAACCUAACCCCUCAUCCCAACUACCUUAACGAUAUCCAAACACGAACCUUGGGAUCUUCCGGUCGACGGUCAACACUUCUUCAAGGCGGAUACCUUCAUUCUUGACUAAUCUUGCCUUGUUUUUCCUUUCUUUGACUGCUCCCCGUCGCACUGCGCCUUCGAUGCCCAUUUUCGCAUAGGUUGCCUUGCUGUGCGGUCCCCCACGUCCCGGUACCUGCCCCGUACAUGGUACAACCUCUGUGGCGGAUACAACACACAGUCACCUCGCUCUCCCAACAGCCGCAUAUAUCGAUGCGCUGCGCAAAACCACCAAGAUGAAGGCAGCACAGAUGAUCAUGCCUAAAAAAUUCAGGAGCGUGCGAGACAAGAGUGGGAGCCAUCGACGAAACAAGUCGUCUGAACCCGGCGCAAAGGCUCGCCCAUUGGGGAUUGAUUCCUGGCUGUCUAUCUUUAGGCCAGAGUCCGCAAAACAAGCCCAAAAGGAAAAGGAGGUAGAGGAAAAAGAAGCUGGAAAGGUCGAGGAGAUCAAAAAGAAACUCGAAGAGCUCAACUACCACGAGAUCACAACCGACAUUAUCCGUUAUGCCCUCGACUCCAAGUUCGCCGACGGCGACGUCGACAAGGCUCUGGAGCUGUUACAGCUACAACAGCAGGCGUUCGCUGGGAUAAUACAGCCAUACAACGCCAAUGUCCAAAUGCUGGGCGCCGUGAACCGGGGAAAUGUUACUUGUUAUCUCGACGCCCUGCUAUUUGCCAUGUUCGCCAAGCUCCAGGCCUUCGAGUGCAUGCUCAAGAAUGACUCUACGGACGAGGCUCAAAGGAAACUGGCUGCCUUGUUACGGUUAUGGGUCAACAUGUUGAGAAGCGGAAAGUUGAUUCCUACGGAUAUGACACAACACAUCCAGGAAUCGCUUGCUGCGUGUGGGUGGAAGGAAGCCCAGUUGUUGGAACAGCAAGACACCUCAGAGGCUUUUGCGUUUAUUACAGAGACACUACAGCUACCUCUACUUACGCUGCAGGUCGAUUUGUUUCACCAAGGAAAGGGCGAUGUGGAUGAUCACAAAGUGGUACACGAGCGGUUACUCAACCUUGCCGUCCCUCCCGAUCCGUCGGGCAAGGGCAUCAAACUCGAGGACUGCCUAGAGGAGUACUUCAACAACAAGGUCGAUGUGCUUCGAGACAGCCUCGACGAGAAGAAGGGCGGAUUCUCGACACCCAAAAACACAUUAUUGGGCACCACAGAUGAGGACACGGCAACGCCGACCGACAAUGGCGAGAGCUCGAAACUCCAGCGCAGAUGGACGUUACAAGAGACCAUCACACAUUCCCCGGUAUCCAUGACGAACCCCACCUUGGAGGCUGCCGCUGAGUCGCCGGCUGUGUCGCGUAAUAGAUCUACGAGCAUCAUACAGCGAAUUGUGGUCAAGAACGAGGAGGACCCGGCAUCCAACGGUGAAGCAGAGAGCACCUCCCCGAAGCACAAGCGAAAGAUUUCAACAAUUGUAAAGGCUGUCACGAUACCAGCGUGGCAGUUUUUCCGGCUAAUCCCAUGGCAUGCCACAACAAACAGCGAACCUAGUAAUGACGCUGAAGUAGCUCGCCAUUUUACCCAACGACCGGUGGUAGGGAUCUGCUUGAAGAGAUACACAAUGACAGAACAGGGUGUUCCUAAGCGACAAAAUACUCUGAUCGAUAUCCCGGACAGUUUGCGAUUGCCUCAGUUCAUGGCGGAGGACAUCAACACCAAGGACAAGGAUUCCAGUGGGCUUCGGGAAGAAUUCAAGCUGGUACUGCAAUCAGUGGUCUGUCACCGCGGAGAUUCCCUGCAUAGUGGUCACUAUAUCUCGUUUGCUCGGGUGGCUCCGAAGCUGCUGACCGAGAACCGAAGAUACGAGGACGACCCGCCUCCCGACUACGAAGAGCAGCAGUGGGCAAAGUUUGACGACCUCGCGGUGGAGAAUCGAGUGACAUACGUCGAUGAUAUCAAGCAGUCGCUACGAGAAGAAAUGCCAUAUCUUCUCUUCUACCAGGUCGUCCCCAUGGUUGACGUCACGACGGCUUCCACAGAUGGUUCUAUUACCGAACCUCCGGCUUACAAGGACUUGAACGGAAAGGUCCCGGCUACUCUGAUUGUCGAAACACCCAAGGAAUCCGUGAAUGGCACGAUUUCGAGGGCGACUAGUGGCUUCUUUGACUCUGCCACCACCCUCACCCAAAACAGCGAGAAGCCUUCGAUCCGGCUGAGCUCGGAAAUGAACAUGGACCAGCGCCUCAGCUUCGACGACGACCCGUAUUCAAUCAACUCCAAGGCUGAGCACUCCAGACGUGGUAGCUUGUCUGUUUCUGAUGCAGCCGCCGCGGCCCCAGUUACACCAGGGGCAACCUCACCUGCGGUCACGACACCUACCGCCACUCAGGAAGAAGGCAAGGAAGAAUCCACAGCUGCUAGACUAUCCCGUGCGGCAGCCAAGUUCACAAAGACGGGAAGUAAAUCUCGCCCUACUAGUCAGAUAGGCGAUGGAAGGCUUAGCUCCACCAUCUCGAGACUUGGAUUUAUUCGGCCGAACAAGGAUGGGUCGACGUCUAGCAACGGGAGUACCACUGUGGUGGUAGUCCCAUCUGUUGAUGGGGUUGCCGCGGUGGAUGAGCAGGCUGUGGUGACAGAGGAGGAAGGCUCGGGGUCUGAAACCGCCAAGGAGAGCAGAAAGGAUAAGGAGAAGGAGCACCAUCAUCAUCACUUGGGGCAUCACGGAGGGAGCAAGAAGGAUAAGGGAAAAAAGAAGGAUAAGGAUGGGGAUGGGGAGAAGAAGGAGAAAAAGGAAAAGGGGAAGGGGAAAGACUCGAAGGAUGGGUUACCUGAGCGGGAGUGCAGCAUUAUGUGAGGCGUUGAUACUGGAUUUUACGAUCGGUUCUGGGAUUUGGGUAUUGGUAUGGGAUUGUUUGUGCGCUCCGAGCGGACUGGGGGAAAGCCGAAAAGGGAGGGUCAAGUGAUCUCGUUUUUUGGGUUGCUUGGUCCUUACAUGGUCGGGGGGUUACAAAGCAUUGCAUUUUGUGUUAACGUGAUACCAAAAGAUGUAGGGUAUUUGGGGGAACUUGGCAACAUGAUGGGAUGAAGAGAGGGGGAUUGUAUACCAUAGGGUUUGCGGAGAAGGACUGGAGCAUCUUGUGGCUCUUGUGUAUGGCCAGCCAAAAAGGGCAGACAGGGAGAAGAGGGGUCAUAUUUGAGAAGAGAUAUACAUAUAAUUAAUAUCACUGUAAUCAAUGGUACAUUUUGAUAAGGCAAUCACGG